AUGGCCGCGUCGGACCGGAUGGUGCUGGGGCCACUGGUGGGCUCUAUCGAUCAGGGCACCAGCUCCACUCGCUUCCUGGUUUUUAAUGCAAAAACAGCAGAGCUCUUGAGUCACCAUCAAGUUGAGAUACAGCAGAAAUUCCCUAAAGAAGGAUGGGUGGAACAAGAUCCAAAAGAAAUAUUGAAGUCUGUCCAUGAAUGUGUGGAAAGGGCCUGUGAGAAACUGCAACAACUGAACAUAGACAUCACUAACAUAAAAGCCAUUGGAGUCAGCAAUCAGAGAGAAACGACAGUGGUUUGGGACAAGACAACUGGAGAACCCCUUUAUAAUGCUAUUGUGUGGCUUGACCUGAGAACCCAGUCAACAGUUGAACGGCUUCUUAAAAGAAUUCCAGGAAAAAACAAAACCUUUUUUAAGUUCAGGACUGGUCUUCCACUUAGCACUUAUUUUAGUGCAGUGAAACUUCGAUGGCUUUUGGAUAAUGUGGAAGAGAUUAGGCAAGCAGUUGAUGAUGGAAGAGCUAUGUUUGGGACUAUUGAUUCAUGGCUUAUAUGGAGUUUGACAGGUGGAAAGAAUGGAGGCGUUCACUGUACGGAUGUAACCAAUGCCAGUAGAACAAUGUUGUUCAACAUUCAUUCCUUGGAAUGGGAUCCUGAGCUCUGCCAGUUCUUUGAUAUUCCUAUGGAAAUACUCCCAAAAGUACGAAGCUCCUCUGAGAUUUAUGGCCUGAUGAAAAUCUGUCCUAGCCUGAAAUCUGGAGCUUUGACAGGUGUACCAAUUUCCGGGUGCUUGGGUGACCAGUCUGCUGCUCUUGUUGGGCAAAUGUGUUUUCAGGAUGGGCAGGCAAAAAAUACGUAUGGAACAGGGUGUUUCUUGCUGUGCAAUACAGGUCAGAAGUCUGUGUUUUCUGAGCAUGGUCUUCUAACCACAAUAGCUUACAAACUGGGCAGAGACAAACCUGUUUGUUAUGCACUAGAGGGAUCUGUUGCAAUAGCCGGUGCUGUUGUUCGUUGGCUGAGGGACAAUCUAGGUAUCGUUAAGACUUCACAGGAAGUUGAAAAACUCGCUGCAGAAGUUGGGACUUCUUAUGGCUGCUACUUUGUGCCAGCAUUUUCAGGACUGUAUGCACCAUACUGGGAACCCAGUGCAAGGGGUAUUAUCUGUGGCCUUACUCAGUUUACAAAUAAAAACCACAUCGCCUUUGCUGCACUAGAAGCGGUCUGCUUUCAAACACGAGAGAUUUUAGAUGCCAUAAACAAGGACUGUGGGAUACCACUAAAUCAGUUACAAGUAGACGGAGGAAUGACCAAUAACAAAGUCCUCAUGCAACUCCAAUCAGACAUUCUCUGUAUUCCAGUAGUAAAGCCAUCAAUGCCUGAAACAACAGCUCUAGGAGCUGCUAUGGCAGCAGGAGCUGCAGAAGGAGUUGGAAUUUGGAGUCUGAAUCCCGGAGAUUUGACAGCAGUGACAUGUGAACGAUUUGAACCACAGAUCAACCCGGAGGAAAGUGAAUUUCGCUAUGCCAGAUGGAAGAAAGCUGUGAUGAAAUCUAUGGGCUGGGAGACAUCUGAAGCUCCUCCAAAUGGUGACACUAGUAUCUUCUGUAGUCUGCCUUUGGGUUUUUUUAUUAUGAGUAGCAUGAUAAUGUUAAUCGGAGCAAAGUACGUCUCAGGUACUGGUAAAUGAGACUACUUAGUGGACUCUCUGGAUGCAGCUGAUUUUUUCGUUUCGUUUUGUUUUGUUGUCUGAAGAGAUUCCACCACCAAUGUGAUUAUACUACUUGUGUGACUAAAUCCAUUCAUGAAUCCAUCUGUUGCCAGUCCCUGAGUAACCUCCCAGUGGUACAAUGAAACUUAAGUCUUCAGCCCUUCAUUACUCUACUCUCUUCCCCAUCAGCUCCAACUGCACUGGAGGCCUUUGCGUGGACUAUCAUCUCACAUCAUCCUCUAAAAUUUCACAAGCCCUAGCUUUGGUUGAGAAAGUUGGUAUAACAAAACCCUGCAACUUCUGAGGUAAUGAUGUCAGAUGUUCAGCUAUCCUUUUCAGGGUUUUGUUACUUUGUACAACACACUGCAGAAAGUUAAUGAUGCACUAUAGAACUUUGUAAACAUCUUACAAUUCUUCCAGCUGCUGUGAAUUACCUUUCAUAUGUCUAUGGUUGCCAAAGAUGUUUUAUUGUAGUGACCACUGGUCUGAAACACCUUCAAUGGUACAAACGUUUUAAACACUAGCUAUUAUCAGUAGCACACAUCGCCACUGGUUUGGCAAUAAAGAGCUUGCUGAUAUGGUCCACAGAGUACCGUUGAAACGAACAAUUACAAAGUUUAAAAGUUUGGUUUGGCUUCUGGCGUAUGUAGUCAGUUUGCCCAUUAUAAAUAUUUAAGACACUGAGUCCUGUAGCUGUACCUUAACAGAGAUAGGAGUAAGUAGAUGUUUUGGUUAAGGCCAUGUUUCAUGUUCUUCUGCUUUUGUGUUAGUUUGGAAAGACAAGUUUGAUACAGCAUGCUAGUGACAGGACAGCUUUUGGUCCUCAGCAACUGAUAACUCUUAAAACUACUCUGUACAAUGCACUUUUCUUGACCAAUACUGCAUAUAUUCUGUCAUCCUGCUUAAGGAUAUUUUAGUGACUAUUUGUUAAACUUUUGAAAGUUGAAGCUAACUUAGUUUUCCUUAAAGAGGGUCCACUCCAAAUUAAAUAUCAGUGCUUUAGUUCUUGAUCUCAUCUAGUAUAUCUCAGGGACCAAAAUCUCCCUUUCAGUUUCCAUGUCCAUAGUUUCAACAGCAAGUUGUUGCAAAAUAUGCUGGGACAACCCAAAACCCUGGCUUGGAAGAGUAAGCACUUGGCACCUGAAACGGGCCACUGGAAUUCACAGGCAGCGUGCGUGACAACUGAGUUGUGUCCACUUUGAAACUUUUUGUCCUCCACAGGUAAAGGAGUGAGGCAAUAAUCUUAUCUUCAGCUUUCCUGCUUGUACCAACAGCAUGACAAAUGCCAGCCUUAUAGGUUAGGUCAGAGAAGAUGUGUUCUUGUGUAGUGUCGUUAGAUCAGUAUAGAAUGAUAGCGAGGUUAAAUGUGGGAACAACAUGGAAAAUUUCAAAGAUGUGUUUAAAUGCACUAGGAGUUAAAGGGAGCGGUUUUUUGUGUGUGUUUGUUCUUAAAGAAUUUUGUCUUUAAAAAAAUAGUCUUUAACAAAGUUUGUUUUUCUUUGGUAAACUAUGAUUAGAGGCUUAGUUUUUAAAAAGAUGUUAAAUAUGUGUAUGUCUGAAGCAAUGGAUUGCACAGAAAUUCAGGUCUGUACAAUAUAUUUAAUAUCAAAUGCAUAUUAAUUGCCUUUUUAUUAUCAAGUGCAAUGACCUUUGAAAAUGUGACUUUUAAUUAAGAAGUUAGAGAAGGAACAUUUUUCGUCCUGUAGUUGCGUGUAUAAAUUCAACAGAGGGGAUUUUUGUGCACAGGUGAAAAUGUAACAUCAUUCAAAUCCUGUAUCUCCUAUAAAUACUCAAAUGUGAGGUGUGACAACUAAAAUUUCUGGGUUUUCCAGUUUGUAUUGGAGAGGUGAAGAAAGAGUGAAAAAUGAACAUGAACCCAUAGAAAAGUCUUUAUACUCCUUAGCUUUACUCAGAGCUGUUGCUGAUCCCACCUUACCCCAAGGAACAGGAGUAACAGCAGCCUUUGGAGCACACAGGGCAAGGGCAGCACACACCUCAAACACUGGACUUCUGAGUAUGACUUCUUGCCAAGAACACUGAAGUACUGAACCUGGGAACGAUUAAUGUUGAAGUGUUGCCUUUGCCAACGAUGUAUGUGGCGAGGGGAAACGUAGCCCAUACAUAGUAAGUAGGAGGGGGAUUUUUUGCUGCUUUUCUGACUUAUCUUUUACUGGGAAACACAAUUCCUAUUACUUUUUCACUGAGUAAAAAUCAUUAUUUUAUUUUCAAUUGCUGUUGCAAAUAUUUUUUAAGAAAUUCACACCACUGUUAACUUUCUACCAACAUAGUUGAAAUAUAUUGUAAACUGCGUGUUGGGGCGGGAGGGGACAAACUGUUGAAAGUUAGCUUUUUGUGAAGCUGUGAUUUGUUUUUUUCUAUAAAUUACCAGAUUUAUAAAUUCUUAUUUGAGAAAUGUGUUAACUUGGUAUUAAAAUACCAUAAAUAAAUUUAUGUAAGCUGUCAGUU